UCCCAUUCUAUUACUACUACACCAUCUCCUAUGCAUCUCACCGAUAUCACUCUUAACCCACCUGUCCAGUCUGUUCCCACAAUUACGGCCGCACCCCCCCCCCCCCCAUCGCGACCUCGGUCACCAAGUACUCCUAUCACUCCGUGUGUCCCAUCGCCCCAUCCCUCCUUCCCCACGUCCACAACCAGCCCUCCACCAUCACAUGUCUCCUCCCAUACUUCGUCCAGCACGCCACAAACAACCUCAACCGACAAUGUCUCACCUGAAACCACCUCACCUACGUCCACUACGGUAGUUAAUCACCAUCCCAUGCAAACCCGUGCUAAGUCAGGAAUUUUUAAGCCUAAAACCAUUUUUAAUUUAAGUACAGUUACUAUCGCUGCAGAUCCUACCUGUUUUACUGAGGCAAAUAAACAAUUAAAAUGGCGUGAGGCGAUGGCUGAUGAAUUUAAUGCACUCAUUAAUAAUAAUACGUGGGACUUGGUGCCCUUUGAUAACUCUAAAAAUAUUGUUGGAUGUAAGUGGAUUUAUAAAACUAAAUAUCAUUCUGAUGGAUCCUUAGAGCGCCAUAAAGCUCGAUUAGUUGCACAGGGUUUUAAUCAGCAGGCAGGUAUCGAUUUCUCUGAAACUUUUAGUCCUGUCGUAAAACCCACCACUGUUCGUAUUGUACUUACUGUAGCUAUUUCUUUUGGGUGGGGUAUACGACAACUUGAUGUUAAAAAUGCCUUCUUACAUGGUAAUCUGACAGAAGAAGUUUAUAUGCGGCAGCCCCGUGGUUUUAUUCACCCUCACAUUCCUAAUCAUAUAUGUCGUCUGCGCAAGGCCAUUUAUUGCCUUAAGCAAGUUCCACGUGCCUGGUUUCAUAGAUUUAGUAGCUUUCUUCUACAACAUAAUUUUUCCUGUAGCAAAUCUGACAAUUCUUUGUUCAUAUACCACCAGAAGAAUACUAUUACUUAUUUAUUACUAUAUGUGGAUGAUAUUAUUAUUACUGGCAAUUCUGAAUCAUCUGGUACCCAAUUUAUUUCAAUUAUCUCUAAACAUUUUGCUAUGAAAGACUUGGGUAAUCUCCAUUAUUUUCUGGGUGUUGAGGCUAUUCGUUCAGCUAAAGGUAUGUUUCUCUCUCAACAUAAAUAUGUUACUGACCUUCUAGCUCGUUUUCAUCUUCAUACUGUAAAACCUGUUCGCACCCCGUUAGCUUCCCGUACCACUCUGUCUCUUUCUGAUGGUGAGUUAUUGUCUGAUUCUACUGAGUAUCGCAGCAUGGUUGGUGCAUUACAAUAUUUAACUUUGACACGACCAGAUAUUACUUAUGCAGUACACUUAGUGUCUCAGUUCAUGCAUGCUCCUCGUACCACUCAUCUUUUUGCAGUCAAGAGAAUUUUCAAGUACUUGCAGGGAACACGAGAUCAUGGCCUUUGGCUUCAGCAGUCUAAUCGGCCAACAUGUGUAGUUGCUUACUCCGAUGCAGAUUGGACAGGUUGUCCUGAUAGUUCUCGGUCCACCACAGGUUUUGCUGUAUUUUUGGGUCCUAUUUUGGUUUCCUGGAAGGCUAAGAAGCAGCUCACUGUGUCCAAGUCCUCCACAGAAGCGGAAUAUCGUGCCAUUGCUUACACAGUACAAGACACACUACAUAUCCGCUCAGUACUGUUCGAACUUGGAUGGCCUAUCUCAGAGCCGGUACAUUUAUUAUGUGAUAAUAUAUCUGCUUCUUACUUGACUGCAAAUCCAGUUCAGCAUGCUCGCAGUAAACAUAUUCAGAUUGAUUAUCAUUUUGUUCACGAACGGGUUGCUCAUGGAGAUCUGAUUGUUAAACAUGUUCCUACUCAUCUACAGCUAGCAGAUAUUUUUACUAAAAGUCUCUCUAGUCAACGUUUUCAUUUUUUGAAAGACAACCUGCGCGUUGUAUCUCCCGCACAGUUUGAGGGGGUGUAAUAGAAUUAUUAGAGGCUUAGUAUUGUACUUUACAUUAAACUCUUUUUAAUAUAAAUAUAUCUGCCAGGGCUCCUCAGGAAGUAACCUUUCCCAUUAUUUCACACUUUGAUCAUCUUUUCGGUUCUCGGAAUUCCUCAAGUGGUAUGUUUUCUUCUUUAUUUUCAUUCAGAGUAAAGUCCUUGCUAAAAUCGGAAUUAUGAAGUUGUCGUUAUGAUUCACUCUAUUAAAUACAUGACCGUUUUAGUAUUUAUAUGACACCUUAUAUGAUGAUCCAGUCAUGGUACAAAAUCUUAUUUGACUCAUUUCCCUCAAAGAAAAUGGGACCGUUUUAGUGAUUUAACGAUCAAAUGUGACAUUUGUCGGAUCCGUUUGCCCCUUCCGUCCAUUUUAUCAGUUCUACACAUGCAUACUCUUGUCAUUUGGGGAGAUUAUUGACACGUGGGGCAGAAAUAAGUGGAGGGAAAUUGAAACCUUAAUUACCUUGC